GCGAAAUAUCAAUUAAAAAGGAAAUAAAGCCAACUUAACAGUCAAUAUGUGAUACCCCGUCGGUUCUAUGCCCUUGUUCAACAACAAAAAGAGAUUGAUCUAUGCUUGUCUACUUCUUCUGCUGCUUUGCUCCAGGAUAAAUACAAUAUCCCAAUCUAAUAUUGCAGCUAAAGGUGAGAUACGGAAUCUUGCUGAAGUCUCUGAAGAUAACAACAAUGAAAAUCAGAACAACAGUAAGGCUUUCUCAAAAAAUGAAAUACCCUGCUGCAAAGAAAACAAUAUUAUCAGUUGUAAAUCAGUGCAUGUACUUCCAGCAUAUCUUGGGAAAAGUAUAGUUCAUCUUCCAAAUGAAAUUAAAGUAUUCUUUCUCAACAAGAUUCCAGCAUCUACUCUAUCCUACCAUUAUGCCAAUCAUGGCAUUGACGCAAUAUUCAAUUACAAUCCAGCAACUAAGAAAUUACAUGGCCAAGUGCAUAAGGCUAAUGGACAGGUAUUUAACUUGGAAAACUGUGGAAAAGAAGUUCAUGUUUGGAAAGAAAUCAACACAACAUUUACUCAAGAUAAAUAUAAAGAUAACAAGAAUGAUUACAUUAUACUCCCAACUCUGAACAAUGAUUAUAUUAGAGAUACGCCUGUGGACAAUAUAACAAUGACAUUCAUUUCUAUCAAGUUCUAUUAUACUCCUUCAGCUCUUUCUUUUAUCAAUGAUAUUGAUGGGUUUGUCGACCUACUCAUCUCUUCUGCUAACCAAGGGUUUAUAAAUAGUAGAGUGCCAAUAACUAUUCGGAAGCACUGUGUUGAACUCUCAACAAUAGAUGAUAUCCAUGACUCAAAUGAAAUGCUAACAAAAUUCAAAGAGAUGAAAUCAUCAAUUGAUGAACUGAAAGGUUCAGCAGAUGCUACAACAUUAAUAGUAAAUGACAUGGAUGCCUGCGGUAAUAGUUAUUUUAAUGGAAUUGAUAGUGGAUUAACACUCUCUGUUAUCAUAAAAUCAUGUGCACUAUUAGAGUAUAGUUUGGCACAUGAGUUAGGACAUAACAUGGGCAUACAACAUAACCUGUCACCUAACAAGAAAUAUUUGUAUGGACAUGGACAUUUGAUUAAAUCUGGGAAUGGAAACCCAGGUUCUAGAACCAUAAUGGCAUAUUUUUCAAAAGGACAUGAAAUCCGCAAGAACGUUUUUUCCAAUCCCUCAGUCCUAAAUGGAGAAACUGGAACUAGAAUUGGAAUCGAAGGAAAAUCUAAUAGUGCUGCUGUUUUAUUAAGAAACCGGAUGAGAAUGUCUCUAUUAGGAGAUGAGUCUGAGGAAUGUUUUAGGGGUAAAAUCAUUGAAUCAACCAGAUUUGCUACUCCGAAUAUAACAAUACCACAAAAAUUCAGCUUUUCUAAUUUUCCAAAAUUAAAAGAUGAUCUUGCCAAAAAGAAUUUUUCAAUUCCAACAUCAUUGCCUAAGCCUGAAUUCAGAGAUGUCCUGGACAAGAAAAACAAUACGUCAACAUCACCAUUGCCUUUGCCAAAAAUAAAAGAUGUCCUGGACAACAAAAAGAAUACUUUAAUACCUACACCGUUUGUUGGCAAAAAGAGUUUUUCAAUAACAACAUCAAUGCCUUUUCCAAAACUAAAAGAUGAUCUUGAACAGCAAAAAAAUACUUCAGUGCCACCACCAAUGCCAAAGCCUGUUCCUAAAUCUAAAGAUAUCUUUGAUAAGAAAGCCAAUACUUCAGCUAUAACUAAAUUGAAAAAUGAAUUUAGUGCCAAAAAGAAUUCUUUCAAAACAACUUCCUUGCCUCUUACAAAAUAUAAGGGUAUCCUUAAUAAGAGAGUGAAUGAUUUUAUACAUGAAACAAAAACAACAACAUUGCCUCCUCCUAAAUUAAAAGACGACAAUGGAAAUAAAAAUAAUACUUCAAUAUCAACAUUGCCUCUUCCUAGCCUAAAAGAUGGCCUUGAAAAGAAAAAAAAUACUUCAAAACCAAUUAUGACUUUGCCUCUUCCUAAAGUAAAAAAUGAACUUGUUAGGAAAACAAAUAAUUCAAUAAGAACAACACUCUCUCUACCUGGAUCCAAAAAAGACAUAGGCAAUAAAAAAAACACUUUAUUAUUAGCAUUGCCUCGUUCAAAUGUAAAAGAUGGCCUUGGAAAUCAAAAAAACACUUCAAACCCAACAGCAUCAGUCCCUCUUACAAAAAUAAACCUUGGUAUGAAUAAAAAUACUUCUAUAAUGGCAACAACAUUAUCUACUCCAACUUUAAAACCACUGAAUUCAUCUGCUGCAGGAUUACCAAAGUUUGACCCAUCAGUUUUUAAACUCAACAAGCAUUCAAAAUAAUGAGUCACACUCACAAAUAUUAAUAACAAAUCUUAACAUAAUUAGUGCAAACAAAUAAUUUAUCCUAUUAAUAUGGCAUGCAAUUAUAAGCAAUAAAUGAUAUGUUUUCUAGUGAGUGCAAUUAAAUAUUAAAUAUAAUUCUUGUUGAGCUCUUAA